ACAGGUACCUUGCUAGUGGCGAUAGUAUGGUCUCUCUUUCAUAUGCAUUUAGAAUUGCUCAAAGUACAGUAUCAAGUAUUAUACUUGAAACUUGCAAUGUUUUGUGGGAUUUAUUAAGUGACAAAGUGCUCUGUAUUCCAAAUGAACAAACCUGGCUAAAUAUUGCUGGUAAUUUUGCAGAAAGGUGGCAAUUACCUCAUUGCAUUGGAGCAGUUGAUGGGAAACAUGUUGUAAUUCAAGCUCCACCAAAUUCAGGAUCAACAUUUUAUAAUUAUAAAGGAUCUCAUAGCAUUGUUCUCUUAGCAUUAUGUGAUGCUAAAUAUAAAUUCAUAAUGGUUGACAUUGGCAGUGAAGGGAGACACAGUGAUGGAGGGAUUUUUAAAAACUCCAACAUGGGAAAAAGGCUUUUAGAAAACACACUUAAUGUUCCAGAACCCUCUAUUUUGAUAGAUAAUAAAGAUCCUUUAAAUUAUUAUAUCGUUGCUGAUGAAGCUUUUCCCCUAUCCACUUAUAUUAUGCGUCCAUAUCCUGGAAAAUUUUUGCCACAAGAUAAAAGAAUUUUUAAUUACAGGCUUUCUAGAGGGCGCAGAGUGAUUGAAAACGCAUUUGGGAUACUAGCUGCUCGUUGGAGAAUAUAUAGAAAUGUUAUUAUAUCUAGUAAACCAACCAUAAUUGCCAUAGUGAAAGCUACAAUUUGCUUACACAAUUUCAUAAUUGAUAAUGAGCAAAAUAAAGAAAAGCAGUAUUGUAGUGCCACAAUUAUUGAUAGGGAAGAUGAAAAAGGAAAUAUUAUUGAAGGAGACUGGAGACGUGAACCUAGGCUAAACCUCCUGCCUGUAAACAGGACAAGCACUAAUAUGUAUGGCAGAGCAGCAGAAAAUAUGAGGAACAGAUUAAAAAAAUAUUUUAUGGAAGAUGGAGCAGUCACUUUCCAAUGGAAUAAAUAGCUUAACAGUUACAAAAUAACUGGAAUGAAGGCCUAAUUACUUUUAGUAACUUUUUCAUCUUAAUCUUAAUAAAGACUGUAAUCUAUUUCUAAUAUUAUCAGUUUGUACCUAU